AUGUCGUUACCUUUAAGGAAUGCAUUAGAAAAUGUGUCAUCCCUAGACAGGGUACUUGAAGACUUAUUAGUACGUUUUAUUAUUAAUUGUCCCUCAGAGGAUUUAUCCAGUGUAGAGAGGGAACUAUUUCAUUUUGAAGAAGCCUCAUGGUUUUAUACAGAUUUUAUAAAAUUAAUGAACCAAAAUUUACCGACUUUGAAGAUUAAAUCUUUGUCACAAUUAAUAAUCAAAAUUUGUCCAUUGAUAUGGAAAUGGGAUAUUAAAGCAGAUGAAGCUUUGGCAAAAUUCUCUAGAUAUAAAAAAACAAUCCCCGUUAGAGGUGCAGCUAUAUUUAAUGAGGAUCUUAAUAAAAUCCUAUUGGUUAAAGGCACAGAAUCGGACUCCUGGUCCUUCCCAAGAGGCAAAAUAUCUAAAGAUGAAGACGAUGAACAAUGUUGUAUACGUGAGGUUAAAGAGGAGAUUGGUUUUGAUCUGACUGAUUAUAUAGAUGAAAAUCAAUUCAUUGAAAGAAAUAUCUCCGCCAAAAAUUAUAAGAUUUAUUUAAUCAAAGAUGUACCUGAAGAUUUCUUCUUCCAACCGCAAGUUAGAAAUGAAAUUGAAAAGAUUAAAUGGUUCGAUUUCAAAACCGUUACUAAAAAUAUUUAUAAAAGUAAUAAUAAUGGAUCCUUCAAAUACUACUUAAUUAAUUCAAUGAUUAGGCCUAUCUCCAUGUGGGUGAAACAUCAAAAACAAGUGAAAAAUGAGGAUCAAUUGAAACAAUAUGCUGAAGAACAAUUGAAGCUCUUAUUAGGUAUCACAAAGGAGGAAACAAUCGAUCCAGGUAGAGAUCUAUUAAAUAUGUUGCAUUCAGCGGUUCAAUCCACACAUAUCGAAAAUCAGCAAUCAUCGAUAUCAACACCAGCAUUCUUACCUACACAGAAUUUACCCUUUUUAAAUAGUCAAAAUAAUAGUAAUGGUAAUGGAAAUAGUAACAACAUUUUUAACAAUCCAAUUUUAAAUAAUUCUAACAUCGGACAUUUACCAAUAAUCCAACAAACUCCUAUGUUUGUCAAUAUGAUGCCCCCAGUACGUACAACUGAACAAAGCACAAUCAGAUCUAUGGGAUUCCAGCCUUUUACACCAUUUGGGUUUACUAAUGGUUCGUUGCCAAAUGGCCUGCAAACACCAUUUGUAUUGCCAAACUCCGUUCAAGGUCCAAUGUUCCCAGUGAGUCAGGUUCCCUUGUCUCCAAGAAAUUUACCUCACCCACUAAAUGAAUCACAACCGAUCCAUAUUCCAUCUACGCCAAAUGUUCAAUCGUUAUCAAAACCAUCCUUAGUAACAUCUGAUGAUAAUCAAACAUCAAAUCACUUAAUGUCUAUGCUGCAAAACACUCAAAAAUCCGUAUCACAUCUAUCUUUACAGUCUUCUCCUUCAUCUCCAUCAACUAAGGACGUGAAACCAAAGAUGAGAAUUUUACAAAGAGGAGAAGAGUUGCCAUCUUCUGAAAAAGAUGUUUCUGAAACUCUAUCGAAGAAUAUACAUGGUCAAAACAUUGGUUCUAAACUGCCAUCUAGUGAAAUUUUACAAGCACAACAUAAUAAUGUUUCAAAUGAUGUAGAAUCUCAAAAUUUGUUAAGUUUAUUGAAAAAGCCUACUGCUAUUAACACUACUAGCCCUAUAGCAACUACUGCCACCGUUGGUAUGGUAAAGAGCCAUCAAUUGCAUAAUCAACCCAUAUCGUCGUCGUAUGAAGGUAUUCCUAGUGAAUCUGUUAAGGUACAUGCUAUCAAUUCAGACAAUAAUGAUGAUGAAUUCUUUGAAAAUCAUUCUUUUGAGGAAGAUGAACCAGAUAGUCUUCCUCCAAGUGUUUCUGUACCUCCAAUUAGAGGGCAAAAACCUUUAAAAAUAUCUGACAAUGACAAUGUACAUAGUGAAACUGAGGUAACUGAAGAGAAUUACAGUGAUUUUGAAGAUAGUACAGACUCUGAAGAUGAUGUAAACGCAUUCAGAACAGCAUAUGAAAGUGCCCCUAUUGAAUUACAAUCAGAGGAAGAAAGUGAGGAAUUAGAAAUAUUGAAUGAAAAUGAAAGUCCUUCAAAAGAAUCUCUUCCUGAUUCUAUUUUACAAGAGAAUAAUUUUGCAGGGGGAGAAAUUCCACAUAAAAAUGAAAAAAGUGAAAGUAUGGUCUCAGUUAAGGGAUUUAAUAUAAAUACUAGUAAUUCAAAUAUCAAUUCUUUGAAUAAUAAUAUUAAACCGAAAUUUAAAAUUUUAAAAAGAGGUGAAAAAUUGGAAGAUAUUGCAAAAAAUUCUUUGUCUUCUCCAUCUAUAAAUGAUCAUGUAACAAAUAAACAGCAACCUUCUGUAUCGACACAUGAAGCAAUAAAGACCCAUUUUGAACAACAGCAGCAACAACAACAACAAUAUACUAAGUUACAAGAAGAGCAAAGUCCUGAUCUUUUGGCAAUUCUAAAGAAUAGAUUUGACCUACCAAAUACAACACCACAAUCUGUGAGAAAAUCUUCAAUACAAAAAUCAGAAGAAACAAAUAAUGAAUUAUUAAAUCUACUUAAGAAAAAUUCUCAAGGUGUACAGGAAUUUUCAGAGGAUAAAGCAAUAGAUUUGAAUUCGAAUAAUCAAGUAAAUAAUAAUAAUACAAUGAUCCAAAGUACUUUUAUACAAGGAAAACAACCAGAUGAUUUUGUUUUUUUUAAUAAUCAGAGAUAUGCGCCAAGUGAGGUUAACACUAAUCAACAAGCUACUGUUUCUUCAGGUGGAGACUUAUUAAGAAUGUUGCAAAGUAAGUCAAAUAAAAGUAACCAAGGUACACCGGAAAUAUCUAAUAAUACUUCUUUGAAUUCUCAAAGUUCCCACCCAGUUUCUCAAAUAAGCCCACAGUCUGCACCUUCUUUAUUAAAUGAGUCAGCAGCAUUACUAAGUAUGUUAAAGAAUCCAUCUCGUUCUACACCGCAACCACAACAGCAAUGUAGCAUGCCAGCUUUGAAGAAUUCAUCCCAGAAUUUCGAUAUAUUCCAUCAGGAGCAAUUAUAA